GACUCGAUGUUAGCGUGCAUUCCAAUGGUGCUUGCUGCUUUCAUGCUUUCGGGCGAGGAUUCGUUUUGAUCAUUUAAGGGGACCUAGAAGAGAGGAUGGCGGAAGAGGGGAGUAGCACUGAGACAGAGCGGAGCAGUCUGCUGACCUGGGAUCAGGUGAGCCGCCUGAACGAGGUGCUGACGGAGGCGGUGCCGGUGCACGGGCGCGGGAACUUCCCCACGCUGCAGGUGCGGCUGAAGGACAUCGUGCGGAAGGUGCGGGACCGGCUGGAGGCGCGGGGUAUAGGCGUGCGGGAUGUACGUCUCAACGGCUCCACCGCCAGCCACGUGCUGGUGGAGGACAACGGCUGGAGCUACAAGGACCUGGACGUCAUCUUCCGGGUGGGGCUCCCGCGGGAGGCCGACUUCCAGCUGGUCAAGGAGGUGGUGCUGGGCACCCUGCUGGACUUCCUGCCCGGCGGGGUCAACACGGAGAAGAUCACACCGGCGACGCUCAAGGAGGCCUACGUGCAGAAGCUGGUGAAGGUGUCCACCGAGCCGGACCGCUGGAGCCUGAUCUCGCUGUCCAACAACGACGGGCGCAACGUGGAGCUCAAGUUCGUCGACUCCAUCCGCCGGCAGUUCGAGUUCAGCGUGGACUCCUUCCACAUCGUCCUGGACCCCGUGCUCUCGCACUACGAGACCGCCGGCGACGCCAUGACGGAGCUCUCCCACCCGGCCGUGGUGGGCGAGAGCGUCUACGGCGACUUCGGCGCCGCGCUCGAGCACCUGCGCAACAAGGUGAUCGCCACCCGCCGGCCGGAGGAGAUCCGCGGCGGCGGUCUGCUCAAGUACUGCAACCUGCUGGUGCGCGGAUUCCGGCCCGGCGACGGCGACGGCUUCCGCGGCCUGGAGCGCUACAUGUGCUCCCGCUUCUUCAUCGACUUCCCGGACAUCGGCGAGCAGCAGCGCAAGCUAGACUCCUACCUGCAGAGCCACUUCGCCGGCGAGGACCAGCGCAAAUACGACUACCUCAUGGUUCUGCGGCGCGUGGUGAACGAGAGCACCGUCUGCCUGAUGGGCCACGAGCGGCGGCAGACGCUCAGCCUCAUCUCGCUCACCGCCUUCCGCGUGCUGGCCGAGCAGAACGCCAUCCCCGACGCCUCCAGCGUCACCUGCUACUACCAGCCCGCGCCCUACGUCCGCGACAUGAACUUCAGCAACUACUACAUCGCCUCCUGCAGCCAGCCCAUUCCCACAUGGCUGCCGUGCAACUGA